ACCGAAGCCCCCGGCGAUCCUGCUCCCCGCAAGGAUCACCCGGUUGGUGGAGGAACAACGCCUUGUCGUUGGAAUAGGAAGCUGGCGCCCCUGCACGCCCGCCCUCCCUGCACAACGCCCGACCUCGGGCCAGGUUGUGAUCCCGCCAACAGGUCCUUGCCGGAUCCUGGCUCUCCGCGUUGGAAGCAGUAGGAUCGCUGCUCUGCGCGGGACCCUGACCUGCCAAAGGGGUCAUGUUGCAGAUGCGUCGCCAAAACAAUAUACACCUCCGCCGGAAGAAUUAUGUGCCACGACUAGGAGUGCCAAGCAGCCUUUCGAGCAGAGAACAGGACGCUGACCGGGCGUCUGCGUGGAGAAGAGGCAAGCCGAUAUAAUGAGAGCUCUCUGUGUGGUGAGGAGCCGGCCCUGGAUGGCAUCCAUCAACAUAGCAACACACAGAGACACACACCAAGACGCCACACCACGACGGAAGACAACAUGACCCAGCUCUCCCUCCUCGGCACUCUGCUGCUCCUGGCGUCCUCGGCCGCCGGCCAGACGACGCGCACGACGAGCACGACGCGCACAACCCGCGUCACGACCAGCACCAUCAAGUGGCAGGCCUCCGGCGGCGUCUCGUGCCCCCACCCGGCCGUCAACACAGUCUGGCCGACGCCGACGGGCAGCACCUCGUACCCGACGGCGUCGGUCAUCCCGGCAGGCGCCGUCUUCGACGGCCGCAUGGCCCUCUUCGACCGCAAGGGCAGCCCCGGCGACUGCAGCGGCCAGAAGGAGCAGGACGAGGCCGCCGCCGUCUUCAUCCUCGAGCCCGGCGCCACGCUGCGCAACGCCAUCAUCGGCCCCGCCCAGGCCGAGGGCGUCCACUGCCGCGGGCCCUGCACCAUUGAGAACGUCUGGUGGGACGACGUCUGCGAGGACGCCGCCACCUUCAAGGGCGCCGGCCCGCGCUACGUCCGCGGCGGGGGCGCCCGCGAGGCCAGCGACAAGGUCUUCCAGCACAACGGCGAGGGCUGGCUUCACAUUGACGGCUUCUACGCCAACAAGUACGGCAAGUUCUACCGCUCCUGCGGCAACUGCAGCCAGCAGUUCCAGCGCCACGUCAACAUUACCAACUUUGUUGGCAUCCAGGGCACAGUCGUGGGCGUCAACCAAAACUACGGAGACACCGCCGAGCUGUCAAACUACUGUCUGGCCAAGGUCGGCGUUGUCUGCACUCGCUACAACGGAUGUGUCAAGCCCUGUGAGGCCGGAGAGGUUGGCGAGGGCGAGCUCGAGCCUUUCUGCAAAAUCAAUGGCGAUGACUGGAGCUAA